GUCCCACCUUCCCCGCUGCUAUCUUCCCACGCGCAUGUGCAGAACGGCGGCCUUUUUUUUUUUUCCUUGCGGCUUGGGCUGAACUUCCGCGGAGGGGUGCAGUCUCCGGGUGUCGCGCUACUACUACGACGCUUUACGGCCUGCUGGGGCGCGACUGAGCUGUAGGAGAACGCCAUGCCAUUCUUUGAUCUUCAGGGCCGUUUGGGCCUCGAUAUUGACAAAUGGAUGACAAUUUUGAGUGCUGAACAACCUUACAAGAUACCAGCCCGAUGCCAUGCUUUUGAGAAAGAAUUCAUUGAGUGUGCCCAUGGAAUUGGUAUGACCCGAGCCAAGAAAGAAUGCAAACUGGAACUUGAUGAUUUCAUUGAAUGUUUGCAUAGGCGGAAAACGAUUGAACGCUUGGGACAGGUCAUGAAGCGGAAGGAGCAGCUAAUGAAGGAAGGAAAGUACACUCCCCCAGAUUGCCACUCAGGCAAGGACAAGCCGAGGCCUUGACCAGUCAGUGGUGACAUUGGGCAGCUUCACUCCUGUUAAAGGAUUAAAGUGUACCCUGUUGUUCCCCAGAAAUGUCUUAUUUCUUAAAACAGGCACCUUCUUUGGAAGAUUAAAAAUUAGAGUAAUGAAGCCAUCCUGCUUUUCUCCCUAUCCAGUACUCUCUGUACUCUGCCAUGAGGACAGCCAAACCAGACAAGUUGGUAUCAAUGAUUCUUCCUCUAAGAUAUGAUCUGUGAUUCUGCCUGUAUUGGAAAAUAAGCAUUUCAGAAAGUAAACAAUUAUUUGCUCUCUUC